UCUGUGUCUCUCUGCGCUGAGUAUCAGGUCGUGAAUGGUCGACGCACCUGGAGUAGCGCUCAGAAAUAUUGCAGAGCGCACUACACCGACCUCGCCACGGUCAGCAACCGUGAAGACAUGGAUCGACUGAGGAGCGCAGUCACAGCAAGUGGAGUAAGUCGGGACAUCUGGAUUGGACUGAGAGAUAGGCUCCAAGAGCCGUCCUGGAAGUGGUCUGAGGCUGGAACUGGAGAAGUCAACUACACCAACUGGGCCAGUGAAGCUGAACUGACUCAUCACUGUGGGGCAAUGUCGGCCAAUGGCACAUGGACUGAUAGGACAUGUGACGCAACCAUACCCUUCAUCUGCCGGAGCGGCGGCUCCGAGGAGUUGUAUGUUGUUGAAGAAGAAAUGACUUGGAUGGAUGCCCAAAGGCACUGCAGACAAAACCACAGUGACCUGGCCAGUGCCACCAGCCCACAUGAAAACAUGGCACUAUGGCAUAAGAUCUCGGAGAACGAGACCACGCCGCUGGUCUGGAUCGGUUUGUUCAGGGAUAGCUGGGUGUGGUCGGACAACAGCCACAGCUCCUUCCGAAACUGGGGUCCCUUGAAGCCCAACAAUGAUGGGAGGUGUGUUGCAUUGGAAAGCUCACUUUUAUAUUGGCAAGACCGGCGCUGUCAGUUGAAAAAAGCCUUCUGCUGCCACGGAGAAGUGACUUGGAAGAGAAUCGUGAGACUGGAAAUGACAUCCAGUUAUUUGAGUAACGUCGCUAAUUCCCCAUUGCCUGAAAUGAUUCUGAGCCAGAUCAAGGGUCGUUUAAAAGGAGCCAAGGUCAAGAUUUGGUGACAUAUUGAGAAGAGAAAAAACACCGACCAUCCUGUUAAAGAAUAACUUUAUGAUGCUUUAUAAUAUUGCAUUUUCCACAAAGCAUUGCAUUAAAACCAGGGCUGCACAGUACAAUUCCAGAGGUGAAUCUGGUAGAAAAACACAGUGAUAAUGUUGCAGUCCUGAUGUUGCACAUGAAAUGAUAAUGACCUCUGAAUGUACAUGUGUUGGCCACCUCCUCAAUCUCCUGUCCUGUGACACCUUCAGAAAAAAAUCCACAGCCGGCUGAAAGAGUUUAUAUCCAAGAUUUAUUUCCUUUCUGAAAAGCAUGACCGUGGGCACACGUGCUCAGCUGUCCGGCAUGCGGGAAGUAUAAAUAGGUGGGGAGCUUGACAGGUGCCAUCUUGAGGUUAUUAUAAAUAGGCGUCAGCAAAAAGUAAAACCACCAAAGUUAAAGUAGAGGUUGGUGAAGAAGGCCAGAUGACUAGAGUCCAGGGGAAUUUGGGAAUAAAACUCUGUCUAGAUUGUUAAAAAAUAAAUCACAGAAGUUUUUUUGUUUUUUUUUUAGUUUUGUAGUGUAGGAGUUUGUACUUUUACUUUUUUUUGUCACAGGAACAGCUUCUUCCCCUCGGCCGUCAGACUGUUGAAUUCGUGAACAGCCUUGUUGUUAUUUUAUUUUAUUAUUUUUUGUCAGCACUUUAUUCCAAAACACUUUCCUAGUUGGUGGGCUCCCCACUCCCAACUGUUCUUUGAUGUGUACUGUAACUAUAUAUUUUAAAAUGUAAUUUGCUUUGUUGUUUGUUUAAUGCCAAACUGUUAAAACAAUUGUAGUGUCUAUAGCAUUCAUACGAACGCUUCAAAAACUAGCACCUUGAAAACAAUCUCUAAAAGUUGAGGAGCCCUAACUUUUUAAACAAUAAAAAAAAAAAAAUCUGUGACAAUAAUUCACUAAAAAAAACAGGGCUUAUGGUUUGAUUGGCACAGCACAUCAUAAGGCACCACUAGAUUGUGUACACUGCAAACAGCAAUGCCCUAAAAAUAAAAUAACUCAUGGCAAAAAAGGCAAAACAGUGGAUUUAAGUUUUAGGUUGGACUUUCAUAUUUUACCUGUUGAAUGGGCAGAA